AUGGUAGAAGAAAGCGAUGCGAAUCGCAGCACUGGUAUUUUUGCGGGGUUUGGCAAGACAGGUUCCCCCGUUUCUUCGCCUCCUCCGCUGUCCCCAAGCCCUCAAAAGCCUAAUUCUUCUACAGAGAGAAAUCAACGAGCCUCUGCUGCCAAUGCCCUCCGCGUGCAGCAGCUUGACGAAUUUAUCGAUGUAGAUUCAACCGAUUGGGCAUGGGCCCCUGAGAGCGACUGGGAAGAGGACCAGCGGAACACGCAGGUGUCGAGCCAGCCGAACGAUCUAGAAGAGGAGGACAAGGAUGAAUCUUAUACCCAUAAAGGAAGCGGGGUAGUUCCGGAGUGGCAACUGCAGCGGCAGCACCAAGAGGGGUCCGCUCUUACGAACGUCCGAGGCGACUCGCAGAAUCAGUCCGUGCAGAGCACUGUACCAGGAAACCUAAGAAGGCCGGCAGCCGGUUUUCCAAGUUUACCGCUAUUUUCUUCAUGGGAAGAAACACCCCAAGAGCAGCAGGAAGAUGAAGGAAACUUAUUGGAGGACGGCCAUGCCGCCGGUCAGGCGCAAGAUAGGCCACAAGCCGAGAAGCAAACAGGCCCACUGCAAACGCAGCAGCAGCCGCUUGGUAAUGAAGACGAUGCGUCUCUGAAGCGGCGACGCCGACAAUUUAUCAAUGCUGCGCUUGCCGCUGCGCAGGCAGCAGCGGCGACCUUCUUCGACAGCGCAUCUAGCCCAGACAGUGGGAGUGCACCUGACGACCCUGAUGAGCGGCUGGACCUGCAGCAGAUUAAUCAGCAAGUAGAAAACCUAGUAAAUGACUUCCUCAACCCCAGACGUGCCACCCCCAGCGGCAACACCAGCAGGAGUAGCGGUACUGGCCUGAGAGCCGCCAGCGUAGACUACGCCGACCUAGAGGCCCCCACAGAUGCAGAAAUGCAGACACACAUCGAUCACCAAAAGGACCGUGCACAGAAACAGCUACACCUGCAGCAGCUGGUGCACACCCAGGGGCGAGGAUGGGAGCAAAGGGAUCUCAUAGCCCAAAUGCCAAGCGCUGCUUGGGGCCCCCUACCGUCGCCACAGAGACCCUUUUCUAUUGGCUGCCGCUCAGGAUCGAUGUUGCGACUGCGUGCUCUCUGA